AUGCAUCCUUUCAGUGCGGCCUCAGAUGUGGGUUCGGAUAUUAAUAUAUAUCCUAUAAGAACAAAACAAAGCGUUGUUAGUGUCGCGUUUUUUGUAGACUACAUCAAAAUGCUGUUAACAAUUCUUCUUUUCAUAAUUGUUAUUGGUUUUUGUCUAACAUAUGUAUCCAUACUAUUAAACCGUUAUCAAUAUUUUAAACGACAAAAUAUUCCAACGCCACCUUAUCAAUUAUUUUUUGGUAAUUUAAAAACACUGUGGAACGUGCCAUACCCAUCGAGACAGUUGAAUAAAUGGACAAAAUUAUAUGGUAAUAUUUACGGUAUAUUUGAAGGAACAACCCCGACAUAUGUUGUAUCUGAUCUUACGUUUUUACAAGAAGUAUUUAUUACACAAUUUUCAAACUUCUAUUCAAGAAAACCGAUUGUGUCACUCCAUCUCUCAUCGAGUAAACACGCAUCCCUAUUCGAUGCACAUGGACUAAAAUGGAAACGACAACGUUCAAUAAUAAAUCCAACUUUUUCUGCAUCGAAACUGAAACAAAUGUCACCUUUAAUCAAUGAUCGCGUUGAUCGAAUGAUUAAUAUGUUAUCCAGUUAUUGUGAAUCUAACCAAGAGUUUGAUAUUUAUGUAUUAUACAAACGAAUGACAAUGGAUGUUGUUUGUCGCUGUAUCUUUGGUAUUGAUACUGACAUGCAAAGCAAUCCGGAAAAUAUGUACUUGAAACAAGCCGAAAAGUUCUUUGCACUUAAUAUGCUCAAACAUCCCAUUUACAAGCUUCGAUUACUUAUACCUGAAUUUAACACAUUGUUUGCUCAUCUGUUGGUAAUACACAAUCAUUUUCGACGAAUAUUAAAUAAAAAACUACCGUUUACAAUUAAAAUGUUUGAACAAAUGCCGUUAUCAUGGUUUCUAGACAAUAUACAUAAGAUAGUAGAAAUGAGAGUAGAAAAAGGUGAUCAAGAUGUUGAUCUAUUACAGCUCAUGUUGGAUGCUGCAACACGACAUAAAAUACAGGUAUAA